AUGGUGCUGCUCGAGGCGUUCGGCUUGGCCUCCAAAGAGCUCUUCGACUACAACCGGGAGAACUACAAGUUCGACCAGGAGCAGCGGUUGGAGCGGGACAUGCAGCGGGUAGAGAUGCAGAUCAACCGGUUCGACUUGUUCCGGGAAGACAUCGAGGACUUGGUAAAGCUGACGGUGGACAAGAUGGACAUGUACCACAUCGUGGGCGCGCUUUUCCUGAGUUUCACCGCCCUGGUGUACUGCGAGGGCAUCAUCGAGGGCACGCAGCCGCCGUUCUUCAUGGGCCAGUACUUCCUCACCGUGGCGGCCUCCUUCGUCUAUCUGUUGCUGGCGGUCUGGCUGAGCAUGUACGCCUCCAUCGCCUCUCAUAGCUUCGGGGUCCGGCUGCGCACCAGGUACGUGCGGCUCCCCAUCCCCAACUUGAACCAGAUCCAAAGCCUGACCACCAAGCUCUCGGACUUCGAGAAGCAGGGCCUCUCCAAGAUGAUGCGGCUGCCCUUCGGCCCCACCGGCGCGCAGGCCUGGCAGCUUGAGGCCCAGAGGAGGGGCGGCGCUGGCGCUGGCGGCCAAUCCCAGCUGGCCGCAGCCAGCGGCUCCAACGGCAGCGGGGCCAACGGAGCUUCGCAGAAGGCGCUCCCGGAUGCGCCGCGGGAGGCGCUGCCGGAGACGUGCCUCGGGGAGCAGGGGGACCUCGGAUUCGGAAGGGAGGACAUCCUGAUGAAGGCGGCCGCCAGCGUCCCCGGGAAGCACGUGGAGCUCUUCCGCAAGCUCCAGGCCAAGUGGCAGUGCUACGACGCCUACGCGCGGAUCUCCAUGGCGCUGGGGGUGAAUCAGAUGAUCCAGUCGGUGAACUACUUUGUGGUGGGCGCCACCAUGAUCCAGACCUGCUCCCCAAGCUGCGGCUAUGCGGCCACGGUGAUCUUCCAGGCCUGCACCUUUGGGCUGAUGUUCCUGGACAUCGCGGGCCUGAAGACCUGGGAGAUCAUGUGCCUGCAGAUCAUUGGGUCCAUGCCCAUGGUGGUGCUGGUGGUCAUGCUCACCUUUGCAAACCAGGGCCGGGCGUCCAACGAGCACAUGGACCCUUUGUGCAAGGCUUUCUAUGCGUCUCCUGCAUGCGCGUUCCUGGAAGCUCUGUGGCUGGAGCUGUUCAUGCAGACUGCUCGGCCCACCAAGGACGAGGCGUCCCUGCCCCGGAAGUUCCGGACGGUUCUCUUCUUGGACGUGUUUGGGGAUGCGGCCUAUGACCCCACAGAGGCAGAGCACGCCUGCGUGACAGCAGGCGUGGAUGGAAGGUUGGAUGAGCAGGCCGAUGACAUGAAGAAGCGAGAGAUUCAGCAGACCCAGGCGGCAGCGGCCAUUUUUGCCCUGGAAGGCGCACAAUCUGCGCUGAGAUGCUGGGAGGCGGUGCCACAGGAAAUCUUGACCGGGGUCCAAAUCUCCCAACUCCAGAACCUGCGGACGGAGUACAGCGAGUGGCGGCAUCGCUAUCACGGCUGCCUGUCGAAGAUGAAGAGCAGACGAGGAGUGCCCUAUGAUCCGGUGCAGCAGGACGCGCGUGCCCUACGGGGCUGGGAGGAUCUCACCACCUUGGAGAAGCAGCAGGACGAGUUCUACGGGGCGCUGGUGGGACCUUUGCAGAGACGCGCGGAUGCCUCCAGCAGCCAGUACUAUGACUUAGUGCGGAAUGUGCCGGUAUGGACCCUGGAGCCAGGCGCCAAGGUUCUUGACAUGCAGAAGGCGGUGGAUCGAGUCCAAAACGUAGAGCACGAGGUGACUGCGCUGCUACGGCUCGAGCGCGCCGACCUGGAGGCGCUGGGGGUGCCGGAGGAGGACAUCGGGGCGAAGGCGCUCCUCUUCAAGUCUCGGAAGCGCGCCGGGCACCAUCGCCUGCCCUGGAAGUCCAUCCGUCGCAUGACGGCCGUGCUGCAGGUGUGCUGGGUCUUCCUGGGGGUCCAGUCCCUGCUGAGCAGCCAGGGCCUGUGGGCAAAUUCCGUGAGCCUGGGCCGGCGCCUGAGCCAGGACGGGCUUGCAUGGCGGGAAGUCCCCGCAGAGUGGCCCCACCGCUCCUUCUUCCAGCCCUCCACACUGUCGUGCCAGAGGGGCAGCCAUGGCGUGAUCCUGGGCAGCCCCUACCUGCAGUAUCAGCUGAAAUUCAGCGCCGACAUGGUCAGCCUCAGCCCUUUGCCUUUUGCCGCCCUGCCCUCCGGGACCACUGUCUUGGAUUGCAGCCUCUUGGGCGACUGUGCCACCGCUCGCCUCCAGCAAGGUGGAGCCGUGAUCUUGAUUUCUCUGGGGCCAAUGGAGGGCCAGAAGCAGACUUGGCAGCUUCGGCUUCAGGGCCGGCCUUGGUCCAAAGUGGCGGGCAUGGUCGCCUCCUGCGCCAGCGUGGAGCUUUUGGCGGGCGUGCGGACCGGCACCUGCCUGGUGUUGGCCGGCUGGGACGGGGAGCACGUGCCCUUGGUGGCCCUGGCCCUGCCUUCGAAUGCCACGGAGAGUGUCGUAGUGGCGCCCCGCGUGGACGCGCCGCUGGGCCCGGGCUUCAACUUCAGCCUCACGGACCUGCACGUGUCCGCGGCUCCGCCCAGGCUGUGGGCCCUGCAGCCCGGGCGUGUGGAGGCCUGGGACCUGGUGGGCCUCAGAAAUUUGGGGACCUGGAAGUUGGACAAAGACCUGGAGGCCACCAGCCUCUGCGAGGCCGACCGGGGCCUCUUGCUGGCCGGCUUCCUCUGGGAUGAGCCGCGGCUCUUCCGCUCGGAGCUGCCCUUGAGGGCCUAAGUGCCUGGCCUCGCGGGCCUCGCCAUGGGGCGUCCCGGCGUCGGGUCCCGGAGUCUCCGGGUCCCGGCGCCACACCCCGUGGCGCCGCCUGGGGCAUCUCCCGCGAGUUUCAAGAGUGCAAGCGUCCACGCGUGAGAUUGAGAUG